AGGACGGCCGCCAUUACUGAAUCCAAAAAUCUAAUAAUGGACCCCCGUACCAGUGCCCAGGACGUGAUGCGAUGUGACCUGUGUGAGACCGCUGUGGUACAGAUGCACUGUGAUACAUGUCUUAUCAAUCUAUGUACAGCUUGUGUAGGAAAACAUAUGAUAUCUGAUGAAUCCAAGGACCACAAAGUUGUCAAAUUUCAGGACAGGAAAUCCACUCCCCUCUACCCUGGAUGUAAAACUCAUAAAAAAGAACGAUGUAAAAUGUUCUGUAAACAAUGUGACAUUCCUGUCUGCAUCAGCUGCAUUGAAUCUAAUCAUCAUUUAGGUCAUGAAUUAUCUAAUAUCUUGCGAGUUCUGGAUGAAAAGAAGGACAUUUUUAUAAAAGAAAGAAAUGAAUUAAAUGAUACGAUUUACCCAACCUACCAGGACAUUGCCUCUGAUGUACAAAACAGAAUGAGUCAGUUAGAAAAGGAAUAUAGAGAUCUCUCAACAGCCAUAACAAAACAUGGAGAGGACUGGCACAGAGAAAUUGACAAACUUGUCAAGAAACUUAAAGCUGAAGUUGAUGAGAUGAGAAACACACAGUUACAAACUCUACAGAAACAUCUGGAUGAAAUAAACAUGAAAGUUUCUGACAUCAAGGAUGAAAUCAAUUCAACUGAAAUAGCUAUAAACACUAAUGACAUGUCAAAACUGAUAAGUGUAUUAUCCAAAGUACACAUAUACAGAAAUCUUCCACAUAAGAUUGUGCCAUCUUUACCCAAAUUGAUUCCAGGAAAAAUUCAAGGAGAAGACCUAAGUAAAAUGUUUGGAACCUUAUCAUCAAGUUCUUUAACAUCAGAUAAACAUGGGUACAUCAUAAAGACAAUACGGAAAUCACCAGAAGCUGAAUCCUUUCCUCCAGUCAAACAGCUGCUCGAUGAACCAGAGACUGUCACCACCAUAGACACUGGGUAUAACUAUAAACUUUACAGUGUGGCCUGUCUGAGUGAUGAAGAAAUCUGGACAAGAGGAGAUGACAGCACCAUGAAGCUCUUCAGCAUCAAUCAGGGAUCACUACUCAAGUCAUUCAAAACCAAUUCUGGGUAUGAGCCAUUUGACAUAGCAGUGACAAAACGUGGAGAUCUAGUUUAUACUGAUUACACUGCUAGAACUGUGAACAUUGUGGAGAAUGAGAAGAUAGAGGAGGUGAUCAGACUACAAAACUGGAGACCUUACGGUGUCUGUAGUACCUCCUCUGGUGACCUCCUGGUUAUAAUACACAGUGAUGAUGACAAACCAUCAAAAGUUGUCCGUUAUUCUGGCUUCACAGAGAAACAAACUAUUCAGUUUGAUGAUCAAGGUAAACCUCUCUAUUCAUCUGGUGGUUGUUACAGAUACAUAACUGAGAAUAGGAACCUGGAUAUCUGUGUGUCUGACAGUGGAGCUAGAACAGUAGUGGUGGUCAAUCAGGCUGGUAAACUGAGAUUCACGUACGCUGGACAUACUCCUGCUCCAAAGAACAAAUCAUUCAGUCUACUAGGAAUCACCACAGACAGUCAGAGUCACAUCCUUACAGCUGAUUAUAACAAUGACUGUGUCUACAUCAUAGACCAGGAUGGACAGUUCCUCUGUUACAUAGACUGUGGACUGAAUAAACCCUAUGGACUGUGUACAGAUACAAAUGACAAUCUGUUUGUUGCUCAAUGGGGAAACAGACAAUUACUGCCAAGCUAUUUCAAUUCACAACAUAUAAUGAUGGACACCCGUACCAGUGCCCAGGACGUGAUGCGAUGUGACCUGUGUGAGACCGCUGUGACACCACAGAAAUCACCAGAAGCUGGAUCCUCUCCUCCAGUCAAACAACUGCUUGAUGAACCAGAGACUGUCACCACCAUAGACACUGGGUAUCUCCUAUACCUUAACAAUGUGGCCUGUCUGAGUGUUGAAGAAAUCUGGACAAGAGGAAAUGACAGAACCAUGAAACUCUACAGCAUCAAUCAGGGAUCACUACUCAAGUCAAUCACAACCAAGUCAGGGUACCAGCCAUAUGACAUAGCAGUGACAAAAAGUGGAGAUUUAGUUUAUACUGAUGACUGGGAUAGAACUGUGAACAUUGUGAAGAAUGAGAAGAUAGAGGAGGUAAUCAGACUACAGAACUGGAUACCUGACAAAGUCUGUAGUACCUCCUCUGGUGACCUCCUGGUUAUCUUGUACAGUGAUGAUGACAAACAAACAAAAGUUGUCCGUUACUCUGGCUCCACAGAGAAACAAAGCAUUCAGUUUGAUGAUAAAGGUAAACCUCUCUAUACAUCUGGUCCUUAUUACAGAUAUCUUACUGAGAACAGGAACCUGGAUAUCUGUGUGUCUGACAGUGGAUCUAAAGCAGUAGUGGUGGUCAAUCAGGCCGGGAAACUGAGAUUCAGGUACACUGGACAUACUCCUGCUCCAAAGAACAAACCAUUCAAUCCACGAGGAAUCACCACAGACAGUCAGAGUCACAUCUUUACAGCUGAUAAAAACAAUGACUGUGUCCACAUCAUAGACCAGGAUGGACAGUUCCUCCGUUACAUAGACUGUGGACUGAGUGGACCCUGGGGACUGUGUACAGAUACAAAUGACAAUCUGUUUAUUGCUCAAAAUACUAAGAAACAAGUGAAGAAAAUCAAAUAUCUGUAUUCUAUAUAAAUAAAUAAAUAAGUUAUGCAAUAUUACUGUUAGAU